ACGCAACGCAUCCGCGCGACACCUAGCCCUUCUCGAUCUCUCUCUCGCUGCAGAUCCAAACCAACCUCACCGUCGACGAGGAAGAAGGCGGCGGCGGCGGCGGAGGCGAAGGCGGCGAAGAUGCAGUACAAGAACCUGGGGAGGUCGGGGCUGCGGGUGAGCCAGCUGUCGUACGGGGCGUGGGUGACGUUCGGCAACCAGCUGGACGUGAAGGAGGCGAAGGCGCUGCUCCAGGCGUGCCGCGACGCCGGCGUGAACUUCUUCGACAACGCCGAGGUGUACGCGAACGGGCGCGCCGAGGAGAUCAUGGGGCAGGCGAUGCGGGACCUCGGGUGGCGCCGCUCCGACGUCGUCGUCUCCACCAAGCUCUUCUGGGGAGGGCAGGGCCCCAACGACAAGGGCCUCUCCCGGAAGCACAUCGUCGAGGGCCUCCGCGGCUCGCUCAAGCGCCUCGACAUGGACUACGUCGACGUCGUCUACUGCCACCGCCCCGACGCCACCACCCCCGUCGAGGAGACCGUGCGCGCCAUGAACUGGGUCAUCGACCACGGCAUGGCCUUCUACUGGGGCACCUCCGAGUGGUCCGCCCAGCAGAUCACCGAGGCGUGGAGCGUCGCCAACCGCCUCGACCUCGUCGGACCCAUCGUCGAACAGCCUGAGUACAACCUCUUCUCGCGCCACAAGGUGGAAUCUGAGUUCUUACCUCUUUACAGCACGUAUGGCCUGGGUUUGACUACAUGGAGCCCUCUAGCUUCGGGAGUUCUCACUGGAAAGUAUGCCAAAGGAAAUAUACCUGCUGAUAGUAGGUUUGCCCUAGAAAAUUACAAGAACCUGGCCAACAGAUCUCUGGUUGACGACACACUGAGAAAGGUGAAUGGGCUAAAACCAAUUGCUUCUGAGCUUGGUGUUUCGUUAGCCCAACUUGCUAUCGCGUGGUGCGCAUCGAACCCAAACGUCUCAUCUGUGAUCACUGGAGCCACAAAAGAAAACCAGAUUGUUGAAAACAUGAAGGCCCUCGAUGUCAUUCCGCUGCUAACCCCAGAAGUCGUCGACAAGAUCGAAGCGGUGGUCCAAAGCAAGCCGAAGCGCACCGAGUCAUACAGAUGAAGCGGUACAGGGGGUGUGCAGAGUGUGCUCCAGGGAUUUCAGGAUUUACCCGGUGGGAUUCUUUUAGACGAUAUUAUUAUCUUCCAUUGUCUUAUGUUUGGAAGCUGCUUUAUGUGCCUGGGUUUGUGUAGUUGGGAAAUGGUGUCCAGUGGUACUCUGCUCUAUAUACAUUUUGUCAUGUGGACCACUCACUUGUUGCUGUCGGUGAUAUAUAUACCUUGGUCUUUUCCGUGUGCAUCUAUC